AUGGAUGCAGAUGAAAAGAUAAUUUACGGCAGUGCUCUCCGGCCCGCCGAUAGUGCUGGCCUUCGAGCCGCCUCUCUAGCGUCAGAGUUCGCCGGUGGCGGGCGGAGCGAGCCCCAGGGAGCCCCAGUGUGCCGUGAGGGCCGACCGGCACGAGGCUGCGGCAGCACCCCCUCUCCCCCCGCCCAUACCCUCCCCGCGGAGCGCGGCACCGCCAUAGGCCUGCAUUCCAACCUGUCGAUGCGAGCCAACUGCAUAGCUGCUGUGGCCCUGACUGCUGGCACUGCCGUGGUGGGCUACCUAGCUUACAAAAGGUUUUUGGUGAAAGAAAAACGCUACAGGUCCAUGGUCAACCUCACCAUCCAGAAAGACAACCCCAAGGUUGUCCACGCAUUUGACAUGGAAGACUUGGAAGAGAAAGCUGUGUACUGCCGCUGUUGGAGGUCCAAGAAGUUCCCAUUCUGCGAUGGUGCCCACACAAAGCACAACGAAGAAACCAGUGACAAGGUGGGACCACUGAUCAUCAAGAAGAAAGAGGCAUAGUCGGUGGACGGUGUAGACUGAUUUGUCCUAAUGUUG